CGGGCCUAUCCAUUGACUGUCCAUAUUCGCUACUUUCAUCAAAGACGAUAUUGUUGAACUUCUCACACUACCUAUCCUGUAUAUAUACAAGCUCUUGCCAGCACUGGAAGAGAAGGAUCAUUGGGACGAUUAUUUCUCCCAGCGCGUGCCGUUUCCUUACCAGGACGCAUCCAGCUUCUCAUCGCCUGGUCAACGUCGUAGAUUGCAACUACACUACAGAGAUCCGGUCUCCAGCUUCCCAGAAACCCGACGGUGGCGCAACAGAACGGAAUUCAAGCGCAAAAGAACGAUCAAUUGAGGGUUGAGUGUGCGCAUACGUCAUAGGCGAUGUUUCCUCCGUCACAGGGCCUGCGGCUCGAUAUCGACGCGAUCAGUCAGAUUUUUGGAUCAAUCAGUAUUGCAUGUUGGAUAGUUGUCUUCUCGCCUCAGAUCAUCGAAAACUGGAGAAGAAGCUCAGCAGAAGGCCUUUCGGUCGUCUUCAUCAUAAUAUGGCUUCUUGGUGACUUCUUCAACAUCUUCGGCGCCGUCCUGCAGGGCGUGCUGCCGACGAUGACUAUCCUGGCCGUGUACUACACCCUAGCCGACAUUGUCCUCCUUCUUCAAUGCUUUUGGUACAAAGGUUUCACACUCCGUGAUGUCGUCAACAAACCUGGAGACGAAUCGAAUGAGAGCGGAUCGCCUGUGAGCGAAGACGAGCCGCUGCUCUCUGACAGACGCGUAACAAAUGGCACAUCAUAUGCCAGCGUCGUAGCCAAUGGUGCCUCCAACGGCAACGGUAUGCCCCCUCGGAUCUCGGACGCAGACAGGCGCCAUUCGAACCACUCACAGUCCUCCUUCCGUGAGCGGUUCCUUUCGAUCGACGGCACGCACCUCUCCCCUGCAACACCGCUCCACGGCGAUGCCAAUGGCGAGGUUCGCGCCGAGCCCCGUGCGCAGCCCCAGUCUACCAUACAGACCGUCCUUUUCAACCUUGGAACUAUCGUGCUUGUCAUGGCCGCGGGUGUCUUCGGCUGGUGGCUCAGCGCCACACAAGCCGCGGCUUCUGACGACACGCCCACCGAUACUCCUGACUCGAAGCCCGACUUCAAUCUCUGGGGCCAGAUUUUUGGAUACAUCUGCGCCGCCCUCUACCUCGGAUCGCGCAUUCCGCAACUGCUCCUCAACUACCGCCGCAAGUCUACUGACGGCAUCUCGAUGUUGUUCUUCCUGUUUGCUUGUCUUGGUAACCUGACGUACGUUCUGAGUAUCGUGGUGUACAAGCCGAGAUGUAAGCACCAUCACUGCAGAGACGGCGAGGCGAUGGCUGUCUAUAAACGGUACAUCGCUAUCAACUUCUCGUGGCUGUUGGGCAGCUUCGGUACACUGAUCUUGGACGCCUGUGUGUUUGUCCAGUAUUUCAUGUAUAGAGUGGAUGAAUAUGAAAGCGAGUCGGGGUCAGAGUAAGGGAGAUUGCUGGAGGCUGAGCUGCAUGUGAGAGGUGUAUGAUAUCCAAAAAGUUAGUGUUGAUAUGCAUGUAAAUACUGUAUUUGUCCUUGACCCAAAACUGAAAUUACGCAAACUCA